GCUUUCCAGUACUGGAGCGACUCCUGUCCGCCAACGGCGUCCGACGUAGAGCAGGUCGAACCAGGGUUCUUCGAGAGAGGGGCGAAGGGGCAGUCGCCGAAGGUGCUCUGGAUAGGCUGCUCAGACUCGCGCGUGCCAGAGUCGGUCGUGACGCUGGCCAAGCCCGGAGACAUCUUCGUGCACCGCAACAUCGCCAACCAGUUCCACCUUCACGAUGACAGCGUGCUGUCCGUGGCAACCUACGCGAUCGCGGCCGUCGGCGUCAAGCACGUCGCUAUCGUUGGACACACCCACUGCGGCGGCGCGACGCAUACGGCGACACUGAACGAUGACCUCGCCGUUCCCCCCCUAGGCUCUGAUGCGCCCAUCAACAGGUGGCUGGCGCCGCUCGUCAAGCUUGCAGGAGAAGUGAUAGCGUCGAACCCGACCGCAGAUCCAUUGAAGGAGCUCGUGUACGCGAACGUGAAGGCGCAGGUUGCCAAUCUUGCCCAAAGCGGUCCGGUCGUCGACGCGUGGAAGCAGGGCAAGUCGCUCCACAUCCACGGAUGGGUCUACGACCUAGCGACCGGGAAGCUCGAAGACCUGGGCAUCUCGCAGGGCGGUCUUUGA